AUGACAAUCAGGGCGUGUACGCGCGUUAUUAUGCAGCUCGCCGUCGUCAUCGUAUCUGCAUCCAAUUUGAUCGCCGACGCCGACGUUGACGUGGAUCAUCGCGAGGAGUGGGUUGUCCGGGUACAAGGUGGAUCACAAGUGGCGUCGUUAUUGGCAGCUCAAUCCGGUUACAAGCAUCACGGUCCGGUUCUUGGAUUCAAGGACACAUAUAUAUGGCUUAAGGAUAAUAACCCAAGCCAGAAGAAAAGAGGAAAUCUUCGCUUAACGAAGGCUCUUAAUGCAAAUUCUAAGAUCAUCUGGGCGGAUCAACAGAAAACAGUGAAACGACUUAAGCGCGAUUAUAUCUCGUUAGCUGACUUGGAGUCUGAAAAACCUUUAACGAGAGAGAAGCGUCUGCAAUUAAAUGCAUACGGUGCUGCAUUAAAUGCUGUUAACAGGGAGGAGGAAAAUUACAAUGUUGCCCAUAGAACAAAAAUGUUUAACGACGAGCUCUGGGAACAAGAAUGGUAUCUGCAAGACACAAGGACGAAUAAAGCUUUGCCAAAGCUCGAUUUAAACGUCCUGCCUCUCUAUCGACUGGGGAUAACUGGUCGUGGGAUAAGGAUUGCUGUUCUCGACGAUGGUUUAGAGUACACUCAUGACGAUCUACGGAAUAACUAUGACGCAACUAUUAGUUACGACAUAAACGAAGGCGAUUACGAUCCUUUUCCAAGAUACGACACGUCAGGGAUGAACGGUCACGGCACCAGGUGUGCCGGCGAGAUAGCAAUGGAGGCCAACAACCUAAAGUGCGGCGUCGGUGUUGCCUUCGAAGCUGCUGUCGGCGGCAUCAAGCUCCUCGACGGUCUGGUGAACGAUCGCGUGGAGGGUGAGGCUUUGGGAUACAAACCGGAACUCGUCGACAUCUACACGGCUUCUUGGGGACCAGCGGAUGAUGGAAAAAGUUUAGAAGCACCCGGUAGACUCGCCGUUGAAGCGCUCGAGCGCGGCAUAAGGAAGGGUCGUAAUGGUAAAGGUAGCAUUUACGUAUGGGCAUCUGGGAACGGUGGCUCUAAAUCAGACGACUGUGGAUGCGAUGGAUAUGUUGGAAGUAUAUACACCGUAGCUGUGGGAUCAGCUAGUCAAACUGGAAGAUUUCCUUGGUACGGAGAAAGAUGUCCCGCUACUCUCGCUACAACGUAUAGUAGUGGCGCAUAUCACGAUCAAAUGAUAGCGACAACGGAUUUAAAGAACACCUGCACGACCAAACACACGGGUACUUCAGCUUCUGCCCCAUUAGCCGCCGGCAUACUGGCUCUCGCAUUGCAAGUGAACGACAACUUAACGUGGAGAGAUAUUCAGCACCUGAUAGCUUGGUCAUCAGAGUACAGUCCCCUCAGCGAAAAUCCGGGUUGGUUCAAGAACGCGGCUGGAUUCUGGUUCAAUUCACGCUUCGGUUUUGGACUUAUGAACGCGUACGCGCUAGUAAUGGCAAGUAUCAACUGGACAACAGUACCGGAGAAGACUAUCUGCAAAGUGGAUAACGUAUAUAUCGCCGAUGUCACACUGGCUUAUGGAAAUUCAAGGGAAUUGCAAUUCGAUGCUGACAACGUUUGCCGGACAUCAGGGAACGAAAUAAUCUUUCUAGAGCACGUGGAGAUCCAAGCAAAUCUCGAGUACUCUCGUCGUGGCGCGCUACAGAUGCAUCUGACUGCACCUUCAGGGACUUCAAUCCAGAUCUUAAGUCUAAGAAAGCUGGAUAAUUCUGACGCUGGCUUUACAAAGUGGAAAUUUAUGUCCAUAGCAACAUGGGGUGAAGAUCCUCGAGGAACAUGGAUCUUGGAUAUAUUUGAUGAAAUAGGCCCGGAGCAAAAUAAUGGUACAAUUGGAGUAUUUACACUGAUUCUGCAUGGUACAACGCAAAUUCCAGCUUACCGCAGAAACGGGCCGAGAAUUUAUAAUGAAGAAUACAAUCGGAUACGGAAAACCUAUGCCAUGUUGGAGCCAAGCACAAAUUCCAUACAGAAUGGAUAUGAUCACGAUUUGCAAUCUCCAGGAAUCAAUGACAUUUAGGCAAUGGUGGAAAAAAAUGUUAAAAUUGUGAUAACUAGAGCGUUUUGCUUAGUUCUUCCCAAAUAUUAAAUGUACCAAAUAUUAAAUUAAUAAACAAUUAGAAACAUUCAAAUAAUUA